AAUGGCACAGUGCUCUGGAGCUUCAGCCAGCAGCGCCGCUAACGGCGAAACAAACAAACCGAGAAGAGUAGCUGUGAUCACGGGCAUUACUGGCCAGGAUGGCUCAUACUUGGCUGAGUUCCUGCUGGAGAAAGGCUAUGAGGUGCAUGGGAUUCUGCGCAGGUCCAGUUCCUUCAACACUGGCCGCAUCGAGCACCUUUAUCAUAACCCUCAGACGCACACAGAAGGAAAUAUGAAACUUCACUAUGGAGAUCUGACUGAUAGCACUUGCCUGGUGAAGAUAAUUAAUGAAGUCAAACCCACUGAGAUCUACAACCUGGGAGCUCAGAGCCACGUGAAGAUCUCCUUUGACCUAGCGGAAUACACAGCUGAUGUGGACGGUGUGGGAACGCUGCGUUUGUUAGAUGCUAUAAAAACAUGCGGACUGACCAACAGUGUCAAGUUUUACCAAGCCUCCACCAGUGAACUCUAUGGAAAAGUCCAGGAGAUUCCACAGAAAGAAACCACUCCUUUCUAUCCCCGUUCCCCUUACGGUGCUGCCAAACUUUAUGCAUACUGGAUUGUGGUGAAUUUCAGAGAGGCAUAUAACCUGUUUGCUGUGAAUGGUAUCCUCUUCAACCAUGAGAGUCCUAGAAGAGGUUCUAAUUUUGUGACCCGCAAGAUCAGUCGCUCUGUUGCCAAGAUUCACCUGGGCCAGUUACAGUGCUUCAGCCUGGGUAACCUGGACUCCAAACGAGACUGGGGCCACGCCAAAGAUUAUGUUGAGGCCAUGUGGCUGAUGCUGCAGCAGAAGGAUCCAGAGGAUUUUGUCAUAGCGACUGGGGAGGUGCACAGCGUCAGGGAGUUUGUGGAAAGAGCCUUUAAACAUGUUGGAAAGACCAUUGUGUGGGAAGGUAAGGAUGAGAAUGAGGUUGGCCGUUGCCAGGAGACGGGGGUGGUCCAUGUGAAGGUUGAUCCAAAAUACUAUCGUCCCACUGAAGUGGAAUAUCUACAGGGAGACAGUACCAAGGCUCUGAAGCAACUGGGCUGGAAACCCAGAGUGACAUUUGAGGAGCUUGUGAAAGAGAUGGUGGAUGCUGACAUAGAACUCAUGCGCAACAACCCAAACGCGUGA